AUGCACAAAUUCAUCCAUAAACUUAAACAAAAGGUGAAAAGAAUAUCAAACGAUCCCUAUAUACCACUGACAUAUUCCGACUUGCAACAUGCCAAGGUCAGUCUAAUCUUGUAUACACAAACUCGCUACUUCAGCAAAGAGAAAUCAAAGUUGCUUGAAAAGCGACCUCUCGAAAAGGGAAGCUCACUUCUCGUGUUGAACCCAUUCCUGGACACUAAGGGAUUACUACGGGCAAAUGGACGACUCGCCAACUCCAGCCUUAGUUACAAUGAACGACAUCCCAUCAUUAUCCCAGAGAAAUCCCGUUUUACCUACUUAUUUCUAAUAUAUCUCCACCAGCUUACACUGCAUGGUGAGCAUCGCUUGAUGCAACAAAUGGUCCGACAAGAGUUCUAUAUACCGCAACUAAAGCCACAAAUUAAAAGAACCAUUUUCAUGUGUAAACAGUGUACUAUCUACAAGCACAAGAUGCGUACGCAGAUCAUGGCAGCCCUACCACCUGAACGCUGCAACUAUGCUUUACCCUUUACCAUCACUGGGGUUGAUUUUGCUGGACCUUUCCAGAUAAAGGCCUCAAUGCUAAGAUCUUCCUCAUUUAGAAAAGCGUAUGUGACUGUCUUUGUAUGUUUUACAACAAAGGCAGUGCACCUCGAGCUAUGUUCGGAUCUGACUACUGCGGCUUUUCUUGCAGCAUUUGCCCGCUUUGUCGGACGGCGCGGAAUUCCUUUAAAAAUUAUGAGCGACAAUGGAAAAAACUUUGUCGGAGCUCAAAGAGCCACGGAAAAAGAGUUUUUACAAUUCAUGAAAGAAGUAUCCCCCGAAAUUGUCAAAAAAUAUGCAUCCCAAGGGAUCGAUUGGCAAUUCAUACCCCCAUGUUCGCCUCACAUGGGCGGACUCUGGGAAUCAGCAGUAAAGAGCUUUAAGUCCCAUUUAAAGAAAACGGCUGGUAACCAUAAAUUCAAUUAUGAAGAGUUUACUACAUUACUCACUCGUAUCGAAGCCGUAUUAAACUCCAGACCUAUCUCACCACUCUCGCAAGAUCCCUCCGAUUUCACAGCUUUAACCCCAGGGCAUUUUCUAAAAGGAGCACCCAUUCUGGCCAUACCUGAGCCAGGCGUGGAGUCACUAUCCAUAUUAAACAGAUGGGAACGAAUUAAAAUUCUCCAUCAUGACUUCAGCCGCCGAUGGAAGGAAGACUACAUAUAG